AUUUUUCUGUUGCUGCCGCUAUGUAAGAAGUGUCUUUCACCUCCCGCCAUGGUUCUGAGGCCUCCCCAGCCAUGUGGAACUAAUUGGUUCCUUCCAUUAUGAGCAACUUGUUGAAUCCAGAUGCCAUUUUCUCAAACAAUGAAAUGAGCCUGUCAGACAUUGAAAUCUAUGGCUUCGAUUAUGAUUACACCUUGGUGUUUUAUUCAAAGCACCUCCACACGCUGAUAUUUAAUGCUGCACGGGACCUUCUCAUCAAUGAACACCGGUAUCCAGCAGAAAUCAGGAAGUAUGAGUACGACCCAAAUUUUGCAAUUCGUGGACUUCAUUAUGAUGUGCAGCGGGCAGUGUUAAUGAAGAUCGAUGCUUUUCAUUAUAUCCAGCUGGGAACUGUCUACAGAGGCCUCAGUGUUGUCCCGGAUGAAGAAGUCAUUGAAAUGUACGAGGGGUCCCAUGUGCCUUUGGAGCAGAUGAGCGACUUUUAUGGAAAGAGCUCUCAUGGAAACACGAUGAAGCAGUUCAUGGACAUCUUCUCCCUGCCCGAGAUGACCCUCCUGUCCUGUGUGAAUGAAUACUUCCUCAAGAACAACAUCGACUAUGAGCCUGUGCAUCUGUACAAAGAUGUCAAGGAUUCAAUUCGAGACGUCCACAUCAAAGGAAUAAUGUACAGAGCAAUUGAAGCGGACAUUGAAAAGUACAUCUGCUAUGCUGAGCAGACCCGUGCAGUGUUGGCCAAACUGGCUGAUCAUGGCAAGAAGAUGUUUCUCAUCACCAAUAGCCCCAGUAGCUUUGUGGACAAAGGGAUGAGUUAUAUCGUUGGGAAAGACUGGAGGGACCUGUUCGAUGUGGUCAUUGUUCAGGCGGAGAAGCCAAACUUCUUUAAUGAUAAGCGGAGCCCUGGGAAUGGGGAAGCAGUUUUCCAAGUGUCACAGCGACUCCAGGAAGAAGCGGCAAACCAAGAACCAUGUGCAGGGACUGAAAAAUGCUGGGGUAAUUUAUAUGAAUUUUUGAAGCUUACUGGAUGGAGAGGAUCCAGAGUGUUGUAUUUUGGUGACCAUAUAUACAGUGACCUGGCGGAUUUGACCCUAAAGCAUGGCUGGAGGACUGGUGCAAUUAUCCCAGAGUUGCGAUCUGAACUGAAAAUCAUGAACACGGAGCAAUACAUUCAAACCAUGACCUGGCUGCAGACCUUGACUGGGUUAUUGGAACAGAUGCAGGUUCACAGAGAUGCUGAGUCACAGCUGGUUUUGCAGGAGUGGAAAAAGGAAAGGAAGGAGAUGAGAGAAAUGACCAAGAGUUUCUUCAACGCCCAGUUUGGAAGCCUGUUCCGCACAGACCAGAACCCAACCUACUUCCUGAGGCGCCUGUCACGCUUCGCUGACAUCUACAUGGCGUCUCUGAGCUGCCUCCUGAACUAUGACGUCAGCCACACUUUCUACCCCCGGAGGACUCCACUGCAGCACGAACUGCCCGCCUGGUCAGAAAGGCCCCCCACCUUCAGAACCCCUCUCCUGCAGGAGGCCCAGGCCGAGUAGCCGAGGGCAAAAGCUAGAAACUGUAACUGCCCCUGAUUGGGCAGGCAUGAUGGGGUUGACGUCAUGUGGGUCUGAGUGUUGCUUUUGGAAAAGAUACAGAUAAGCCUUUUGAUAUUUGUUUUGUACCUUAUGGAGAAUAAUUCUCCCAAUGGUUAAGACAGGAGCUAGCAGCCCGCCUCUCUAGCGUUUCCCUCCAUGCAGGGCUGAAAGGCAAACUUCUCAUUGGAACUCUGAUUUCGCCUUUUUGUUUACCGAGGUCCUGGAACAUCAGGUUUUCUGGGAUAGGUGAGACACUUGAUACCGUCUCUGUAUUGUAGCAGGUCAGGCUUGAAACGGUUCUUGACUGCUCCAUGGCACAUUUCCUGAACGUGUACUGGCAGUGCAUUGGGAACUGCAGGGGCACAGUGAUGGGCAAAGAUUAACUGCUUCCAGAAGGCUGAUUUAGAGGGCUCCACAAUGGCAAAACGCUCCUGUGAGUGACAGAGAAGCCCCCAGGUGAUGGCCACUUCCCAAAUCAUUUGGUACUAAGGCUUUGACAUUCUGGCACAUUGCAUCAAAGAACACAGCCUCCCCGGAAGGACUUAGGUGAGAAAGAACAAGAGAAGUUGCAACUCCUGGACCCUUUUGUCCUCAGUGUGUGAUUCCUGUGUCCUUUCCCAGCAUGGAGGAGGGCAGGAGAGAGGAGAUGAGAGCUCUGGUCAAAACCUUCCAGC